AUGUCCACCGCUGAGCAGACCUACAUCAUGAUCAAGCCCGACGGCGUCCAGCGCGGCCUCGUCGGCGAGAUCAUUGCCCGCUUCGAGAAGCGCGGCUUCAAGCUCGUCGCCCUCAAGCUCGCUACCCCCUCCAAGGAGCACCUCGAGGCCCACUACGCCGACCUCUCGUCCAAGCCCUUCUUCCCCUCGCUCAUCAAGUACAUGCUUUCGGGCCCCGUCGUCUGCAUGGUUUGGGAGGGCCUUGACGCCGUCAAGACUGGCCGUGCCAUGCUUGGCGCCACCAACCCCCUCGCUUCGGCUCCCGGCACCAUCCGUGGCGACUACGCCCUCCAGACCGGCGCCAACGUCUGCCACGGCUCGGACACGGUCGAGAACGGCCAGAAGGAGAUCCAGCUCUGGUUCCCCGAGGGCAUUGCCCAGUACAAGCUCUCGUCGGCUGACUGGGUCUACGAGUCGUAA